CGCCUAAAUAGCUCGGUAUUUUUCGCGAUCUGUGGCUGGGGUCACACUAUUGCCGCCAAAAAAAAAACAUUUUACUUCCCUCACAAUUUAAACAUUUUUAGAGGCGUAAACUAAUAGUUUAUUGCAAUCGGGGGCAUAUUUUGGGGUUCAGUUAACCGGGAAAACGUGCCGCGCGUUCGAAAUGAGCAGUGAUAAAGUGAAGAACGGCAACGAGGCCGAGGAGUCGGAGGAAUCAUGUGGCGAUGAGUCGGCCAGUUAUACGACCAACAGCACCACCUCGCGGAGCAAGUCGCCGUCGUCCAGCACGAGGAGCAAGCGCCGCGGACGCCGGAGCACCAAGUCGAAGCCAAAGAGCCGCGCGGCCUACAAAUACGACACCCACGUGAAGGAGAACCACGGAGCAAACAUCUUCGGCGUGGCCUUCAACACGCUGCUCGGCAAGGAGGAGCCCCAGGUCUUCGCCACCGCGGGCAGCAACCGGGUCACGGUCUACGAGUGCCCCCGGCAGGGCGGGAUGCAGCUGCUCCACUGCUAUGCAGAUCCGGAUCCCGAUGAGGUAUUUUACACCUGCGCCUGGUCGUAUGACCUGAAGACCUCUGCCCCACUCUUAGCCGCUGCCGGAUACCGAGGUGUCAUUCGAGUUAUCGACGUCGAGCAAAAUGAGGCGGUGGGCAACUACAUUGGACAUGGACAGGCUAUCAAUGAGCUGAAGUUCCAUCCGCACAAGCUGCAGCUUUUACUUUCGGGCAGCAAGGAUCAUGCGAUAAGGUUGUGGAACAUACAGAGUCACGUCUGCAUUGCCAUCCUGGGCGGAGUGGAAGGACAUCGCGACGAGGUGCUAUCCAUAGACUUCAAUAUGCGCGGAGAUCGCAUCGUUUCCAGCGGCAUGGAUCACUCGCUGAAACUGUGGUGUCUUAAUACGCCUGAAUUCCAUCACAAGAUCGAGCUAUCGAAUACUUUCAGCCAGGAGAAAUCCACGCUGCCUUUUCCCACGGUGACCAAACACUUCCCCGACUUUUCGACGCGGGAUAUACACAGGAACUAUGUGGAUUGUGUGCAGUGGUUUGGCAACUUUGUGCUCUCCAAGUCCUGCGAGAAUGCCAUCGUGUGCUGGAAGCCGGGACAGCUUCACCAGAGCUUCGAGCAAGUGAAGCCGAGCGACUCUUCCUGCACCAUCAUUGCGGAAUUCGAGUACGACGAAUGUGAGAUCUGGUUCGUGCGGUUCGGCUUCAAUCCCUGGCAGAAGGUGAUUGCCCUGGGCAACCAGCAGGGCAAGGUGUAUGUGUGGGAGCUGGAUCCCAGUGAUCCGGAGGGCGCCCACAUGACCACCCUGCACAACCCACGCAGCGUGGCCACCGUGCGACAGAUCGCCUUCUCCCGGGACGCCAGCGUCCUGGUUUACGUCUGCGACGACGCCACCGUGUGGCGCUGGAAUCGCAGACAGGCGGCUGCCAUCUGAUGGCACAUCAAAGCGCAACCACACACCAAAUCUCACGUGGCCAAAUCUUAUUACAUUUCCCUAAAUUAGUUCCUAGUUGGUUAACAUAAGUUUAGAACUGUCAGUAUGCCUCAAACAAUUCCUAAUAAAUCCAAUAAAUGGUUGUCGAGCCAAUUAUAAUUA